UUGUUGUUUACAUAGCAACAAACCUGGCAACGCAGCAGUGUGUAUGUUGAGAAGCAAAACAUCUCAUGUAAACAUUGCUGGAUCUUAAUUAAAUACACUCAAACAUGGAAGGUUUACCUUUUCUGCCAGGAAAUUCAUUUACAGAUCCUACGAGAUCAAAAUAUCAUAGAAGCCACUCCCUUAACUACAGGAAUGGUUAUGCCCUACCCACACACCCCACAGUCGGUAUCGGAGGUGAACCAAUUGUGCACAACCAGCUCUCAGAACAAGAACUAGAUGAGUUGGCCAACUUCAACCCUACAUUAACAUAUGGCCAGGCAAAACAGGCACCACCAGAGGAUUUUGUACCAUCUCAUGUUGCCUGGGACAAGAAGGUGCUGCGAUACAAUGCCUACUUCAAGCAGACAAUCCAUGAAUCAAAAGACGAAUACUUCAGAGUUCGCCCCGUCGAUAUCUUCUAUUACCUUGAAGACGACAGUAUAGCGGUGAUUGAACCUCAUGUUGAAAACAGUGGCAUGCCACAGGGCAAGCUGAUCAAGCGUCAAAGACUUCCGAAGAACGACCAAGGUGAUCACUGGCACUGGAAAGACCUUAACAAUGGUGUCAAUGUGACUUUCUACGGAAAAGUGUUUCACAUUGUCAAUAUGGACCAGUUCACCAGUAAUUUCCUGGAGAGUGAGGGACUCAUUGUGAACCCAAGUGGACAGCUUCCCACGGACCCCUACAUUGAGCGAAGGAAGAAUGCGGCUGCUCUCCGCACAUUUACUACUCCAUCAUCUUUCGACAAACAGAAACAAUUCCUUGAGCUGGAUCGUAAGGUUCUGCGAUUCUUCUGUGCCUGGGAUGAUCGUGAUAAUAUGUUCGGAGAAAUGAGAGCCUUUAUAAUUCAUUAUUUCCUUGUGGAUGAUACCCUCGAGGUACGGGAAGUUCACACAGCCAAUGAUGGUAGAGACCCAUUCCCAGUUCUUAUUGGGAGACAUAAGGUCCCAAAAGACAGGUACAACGUAGACACAUCUUUCCCUGGAGUUGUAAUGGAGCUUUCAUCUCAUGAGAUCAAAGAGUAUUUCACGCCCAAAGACUUCUCCGUGGGUGAGACAGUCAUGAUAUAUGGGCGUCGGUUCAUCGUCUACGACUGCGACAACUUCACAAAAAGCUUCUACUACCAGACGUUCGGUGUAACAGAUUUCCCUACAGUAGAUGUUUCUCAGAAACUCAAGGAUCUCCCAAAAAUGGAGAUACCACCAUUCAACCAGUUUGGCUCCAUGGAAGAUUCUCUGCAGAGUUGUCUGUCCCUGAUUCCACAGCCUCCAAAGAAAGACUUUAUCAAGAUGUUGGAAAAUGAUCACAAAGUCCUCAGAUUUGAAGCCACCAUGGACUCAGUACGCCCUGAGGAUAAGGGUCGUCGUUUCAUUCUGUCCUACCGCCUGGCUGACGACAUGAUGACCAUCUAUGAACCACCGGUCAGAAACUCGGGAAUUAUUGGUGGCAAAUUCCUCGAGCGCACACGAGUAGCCAAACCAAACUGCCCACCGGACCAACCGAUGUUCUAUGGUCCCCAGGACUUUUACAUUGGGGCUGUUAUUGAGGUCUUCAGACAUAGAUUUGUGAUAACUAACGCAGAUGAAUAUGUUCUUAAGUUUAUGGAGGAUAACAAGGACCAAUUCCCAAGCAGCACAAUACAGUCUUUACAACAGAGAUUAGCUGAGGGCUCUGUGAUGAGAGAAACUGUCAAGGGAGCGCCAAUGAAGGUCCGCAGAACCGAAGGUGACCUUGGCAUUUUGGUCCAGCAAGUCCGAGCACAGCUGAAGAAGAUCGCCAUUACUGAUAAGACACGAGUGGAUGAAAUGUUCCUCAGAUACAACACUGACCGUACCGGCUUUAUCGACGCUCUCAACAUGCGUGACCUCUGCAGGCGUCUACAACUUCCUGCUGACGAUGACCUGGUUAACGCUCUGGUGGCCCAGUGCACGGAAAACCAAGAAGGAAAGAUAAGCCUGGAAGACUUUAGAAGAUUUGUGGAAAGUUCCUAAAUUACCUCCCUUUAGUAACUAUUUUAUUAUGUGAAAGCUGGGAAAAAAGUGAAAGACCAUAUAGGAAUUGAUGCUGUUUAGGAAAAAAAAUUGAGUGAGGAAAAAAUGCUCUUUUUGGAGAAAAUAUUUUUUAUUACAUGCAAUUUUGGAAUGCUAUACAGUGAUAAAAAGCCUCUGUUUUUGAGGGAGAAAAAAUAAACUUGUUAACAUCUUAACUGCCAGUUUCAUUAUUGUUUUGUGAAAUGUAUUGUUACUGACUUUCCUACAUAUUUGGACAUUGCUUAUGGUAACUUGUGAUAAUAAAAAGUUAAUAGAAAUGUAUUGUUUUAAGGACAGUAAUGAAAUGAAAGCUACAGGGACAAGUUUUUUUGGAAAAUCUGAAAAUAAUCCUGCAUUACAACUUUUUUUAAUUCGUGCAUUUCAGUAGAACGCACAAUCAAGUAUUGCUUAAUGUAUGGACAUUUUGUUGUACGUUUUAUAAUAUUCCAUUGAAGACUUUAAAAGGUCAUGUUUUUUUCUUUUUGUAAAUUUAAAAAAAAAACAAAGUGGAUAUUUUACAAAGAAGAGUUAAAAUUGUUUUACAUAACGUUAUUUACUUUCUUCGGACACCGAAUUUUAGCAUACAUAAUAUUUAUAUUCAUGUUAUUGAUUAUUCUGUGAUAAUAAAACUUAAAAAACUUUA